GUGGCCGCUUUACCGGUAAUAGGACUCUCCCUUCAGCUAAGGACAACUUUGAAAAAAAAUCCCACCGAGCUAACUUAGGUGACGGAAAUUUGGCGGAAGAAUACUCUCCUUACCAGUGUCCCUCGAUCGUCCUUAGAACGGAGAAUCAGCGGAGUCAGCGGUUAAAUAUUAGACGAUUAUGCGUGGCAUCAACAUUCAAGAUGGCGGAGGACAUUGUUAAGCAUUCAGUUCACACUCUAGUGUUUCGUUCUCUGAAGAGAAGUCAUGAUAUGUUUCUUCAUGAUAACGCUCUACCGCUGAAAAGGGAUCCAAAAAGUGAUGAAGUGAAACGGCUAUGCAAAAUGCGUGAUGAAUAUUUUGUGGUGAAAGACUUGGUUCCUGCCAAAGAAAACACUGCAUCUCAUAGAAAUCCAGUCAUAGGAGAGUACCCAUCACAAGAAGUUUCAGAUGUGCCUCCAUUGAUACAAGGAUCACAUCCAUAUCCAUCAGCACCAGGUGUGGUACUUACUGCAGACACUGCAGUGAACACAAGGUCUCCAUCACAAGCUGGAGUUCAGCAACUUAUGUCAGGUCUACCACCUUCAGCAUCACAACUCCAAUCACAAAAAGAGAGUACAGGUGUUUUGGCCAUUCAACAAAAGGCUUCAGCAUCAGGUGGAAAAGAGAGACUUGGACCCCCAUCCAAAGCUUUGGUUUCAGUUGGAGGAAACAAAUCAUCGACAGCAUUAAUUCAGCAAAAGAAAGCAGCAACCUUGCCUAAACCACAGUGGCAUCCACCAUGGAAGCUCAUGAGGGUAAUCAGUGGUCAUACUGGUUGGGUAAGAUCAGUUGCAGUAGAGCCUGGUAACCAGUGGUUUGCUACAGGAUCUGCUGACAGGACAAUCAAGAUAUGGGAGCUUGGAAGUGGCAAACUGAAGUUAUCCUUAACUGGUCAUAUAAGUACUGUACGGGGUUUAGCUGUGAGUCCAAGACAGCCAUAUCUGUUCUCAUGUGGGGAGGACAAGCAAGUCAAAUGCUGGGACCUGGAGUACAACAAGGUUGUGCGGCACUACCAUGGUCACCUGAGUGCUAUUCACUCACUGGACCUUCAUCCUACAAUUGAUGUGUUGUUCACUUGUGGUAGAGAUGCAACAACCAGGGUUUGGGAUAUGAGAACCAAAGCCUGUAUACACACUCUGACAGGUCAUACAAGCACAGUGGCAGUUGUUAAAGCUCAGGCUGCAGAGCCUCAGGUUAUCACAGGAAGCCAUGACUGUACUAUCCGUCUGUGGGACUUGGCAGCUGGCAAGUCUAAAGUCACCCUCACUAAUCACAAGAAAAGUGUUCGAUCUGUAGUGUUACAUCCAACACAGUUUUCAUUUGCAUCAGCAUCUCCUGACAACAUCAAACAGUGGAAGUUCCCAGAUGGGAAUUUCCUUCAGAAUCUGAUUGGACACAACUCAAUAGUGAAUUGCAUGGCAGUAAACCCAGAUGGUGUCUUGGUCUCAGGAGGUGAUAAUGGAACAAUGCACUUCUGGGAUUGGCGUACUGGUUAUAAUUUCCAGCGAUUACAGGCAGCUGUACAACCUGGCUCCCUUGAUAGUGAGGCUGGUAUCUUUGCAAUGACCUUUGACUUGAGUAGCAGUCGACUCAUCACAUGUGAAGCUGAUAAAACAGUCAAAAUUUAUAAAGAAGAUGACACAGCAAGUGAAGAAACUCAUCCUGUGAGCUGGAAACCUGAGAUCUUGAAGAGGAAACGAUACUAGACAAACUUUCUCAGGCACUUCACUCCCACUACUUUAGUAUAUUAAGAGUUCCCAACUAUCUUUGAGAAAAAAGAUGUCAAGGUUUGAAUUACAAUCUGAUCAUGAUUGCCUUUCAAUUACACAAAUUUCAAUUUCAAGACACAAGCAUUUCUCUCACAUUUCCUUUUCCAACGAUCAUUUUGCAAUUUACAGGCUUGGUCCACAGCAAUAGUCAGUUUGACCAAGAUCUGGUUUAAGUUAAUAUUAAAAGUUUCGGCAAGGCCUGUAAAGCACAAUCACUUCAAAUGUUGUGGAACCAUACACUUAAGAUAUUUUUGUGUGCAUCAAUCUUUCCCAUCUAAGGCAUCAAAUUAAAUUGUUGGCAUUCAUAUUACCACAUAAGCCAGGAGUUGACUCUCCAAACCUUGUUACCUAAAGUGACAUCUUGAACUCCAAGAGUAUGAUGAAGAAAUUCAACUGAUACACUGUAACCAAGUGAGCAGUCUUUACCUUUGCCCCUUGCCCUGAGAUUCACAGUGCCAUUAACAUAAAAACAAGGGGGUACCUUUUGCCAUUGCAAGACAACUUAAUCACUUAAGUUCUCUCUCAUUUUAUCAAAUAAGAAUUGAGUAGUUCCUACAUUUUCUAUUACUUUUUCUUCCACUUUCCUUUAUUUAUUUCCUUUUCAAUGCUAAGGCAUGUUUCCUUUGGUUAAGAGAAGCAAGCUGGCAUGUAAAAAAAAAAAAAAA